AUGAAACUGAAUCUGGCAGUGCUGGCGCUGGCGGUGCAUUCCGUGGCCUCAGCAGCUACGGGCCAGCAGAUUUUUGCACUCAAACGUCCCGACAGACGUGCUCUGACUCCCGGCGAGUACACCUUUCUACAGACCACAGACACCCACGGCUGGUUUGAGCAGAGCGGUGAGACCUACUUUGGCGACUGGGGCGAUCUCGCCAGCUUCCACCAACACAUGAAGAAAAAGUACCCGAAUUUGCUGUUUUUUGACUCGGGAGACAAGCAUGAUGGCAACGGGGUUUCGGACGCCUCUACCCCGAGAGGCCACUAUUCGCGACGGCUGUUUCGCGAAAUGCCCUUUGACGCCGUCACGGUCGGAAACCACGAGCUCUACAACACAGAGGUGGCCACGUUGGAGUACGAGGAGGUGUCACAGCAUCUAGGAGACAAGUACCUUAGUGGUAACGUGGAGAUUUGGAGAGGCGAAUGGCGUCCCUACGGUAACCGAUACAAGGUGAUCGAGCGGUCGCAUUACAAAGACGGCAAAACUCGUCGGAUCCUCACUUUUGGCUUCCUCUAUGACUUUGACCUGCAUCCCAAUAACAUUCGAGUCACCAAGGUCAGAGAUGCCGUCAAGCAGCAAUGGUUUCUGGACGCUCUGGACAACGAGGAGUACGACGUGGUGGCGGUGAUAGGCCACAUUCCCCUACGAUCAUGGGAAUUCCCUCAGCUGAUUGAGGCCAUCAGAAAGCGAACAAAGAAGCCUCUGGUGCUGCUAGGUGGCCAUUCUCACGUCAGAGACGCCGUCCAGCUGAAUGGAGAGUUUGACGGCCCCUCUGACGUGUACGGCAUCCAGGGAGGCCGGUUCCUGGAAACUCUGGGAUGGCUGUCUCUUAAUGUCACUGGUCAGGAGUCCACCUCUUCGUCCCGGUCAUAUAUUGAUUUCCAUAUUGACGGUCUCAAGUUCCACGCCUCACAUGACCCCGACCAUUCCAAGUGGGACACCGCUUUGGGCAAGAGCCUUACUCGGCAGCUGAGCCGCAUCAAGAAGAAGCUCGAUCUGAAAGAAGUGUAUGGAUGUGUGCCCGAAAACUAUUACACCAAUGGCGCAAAAUUCCCCGGGCCGUCUUCUCUGCUCAGUCUCAUUGCUGACGAGGUGCUCCCAACUCUGAAUGGCACUGCCGAGGGAGCUACGGGUGACCGAGUGAUUAUCACCAACACCGGCGGUCUGCGUUUCGAUCUGCUCAAGGGCCCCUACACACGUAAUACCGGCUUUGUGGUGUCUCCUUUCCCCAAUAACUGGGUAUACCUUCCCAAUAUAGACAUUCACACGGCCCAUGACAUUUUGCCGUACCUGAACCGAAAGGCGCAUAUUUUGGGAAGUGGUCACAUGGUGCCUGAGGAGAUCCCCCAGGAGUGUGACAUGUUCCAUGCUGCAGACACCAAGGGCCUGUUGCCUGGAUACGUGACUCUGGACGACUACGGGCAUGAUGGAGAUGAUACUCCUCAUUGGGCUCUUCCUUACUACGAGCUUCCUAAUGCCAUUCAGACAGAGAUGCCUCCGGACGACGUCAAGUAUGUUGAUCUGGUCUUCUACGACUUCAUUGCCCCCUUUAUUCAGGAGGCGCUGUAUGCUCUUGACCGGCCUGAUUACUUUGAGCGGCUGACCGACUAUGGAGGCAAGGGACUGAAUGAGCUACUGAAGGACUACGCCGAGGAGCACUGGGAGUGUCGGUAUUAG